AUGUCUAUGAAACGAUCUGCUGUUAUUUCUAGACAUCAUUUACAACUCUCAAGUAAAUCAAAUCUAGUUCUAAACGUUCCCUCUCAUCUCACGCAACGUUCAUCGCCAGUUAACAACUAUAUAAGUGCUCGGCUCCGCCAGAGCAGAUGGUCAGCAGAGGUGUUGAGAGAGGUUCUUAACUGCUACGAGAAAGUAGCGAUGGGGAAUAGAUCCUGUGACGUUCCACGUAUGAUUACGAGUUCACAAGCUCCAGUGGAGUCUACAACUUCAUUAAAAAAUGCACCUCUUUGUAUCCAUAUCCGUCAAAAUAUUGAGGCAGAUUUGCCUAGAUGGAGGGGAAAAGGUUUAAGAUGCGAAAUAGCAGCUACUGUGUUUGCUAGAGAGCAGGCAUUGAAUGAAAUACACUGCAACAGUAGUGGAUAG